AUGACCAUGUAUACGGUCUGGCCAUUGACUCCGAUGGGCCAGAGGUCGUGGGCAGCACCGCCAGUGACCUCUAUGGAACCAAUCAAGGUGGGACAGGCUGGUUUCUUGCGAGGGUCAGCGACGCUGGCAGCGAAUGACGACGUUGAUGAGCGCUUGCUUUAUCAGACGAUGACCAAGAUCUGUGAUGUGAAGCUGGCGCGUGGAGCCGUUCAGAGGCUCUUCCAGCCCUUGAGAGAACAAGUUGCUAUGUUGAAGAGACAUCACAGCAAUAUCUCCGAGGUGGAUCGAGCAGCUUUCAAUGAGGAGAAGAUCUUGCCUCUGCAGAACCAGGAGAUGCAGAAGAUUCGGGUGAAGAUCGAAGGCUUCAGGGAGGAUGUGCGCAGCUUCCGCGCGGAGUUUUUGGAUCGUUGUCCUUUGGAAGUGAGAAUGCAGUGA